GGGCAUUGUUAGCAGCGUUGGGCCUGAGCUCGGUUUUGGUGUUGCACGGUUUAAAACACACUAGCUGCACAGAGCGGAGGCGAUAAGGUUUUUCUUUUUGUUGUAGUAUUAUUUGAAAAAAAAAAAACCAACGUCUGUGAGACUCCUCCUAGGAUAAAACCGAGCAAUGCUGAAAUUGUUUUUGUUAGGUUUUCUCGCCGUGGCUGUAAGUGCCAGUGAUGUGCUAGAGUUCACCGAUGACGAUUUUGAGAGCAGAAUUGCAGACCAUGACUUGGUUCUGGUGGAGUUCUUUGCGCCUUGGUGUGGUCACUGUAAACGCCUGGCCCCUGAAUAUGAAUCUGCUGCGACGCGUCUCAAAGGCAUCGUCCCUCUGGCAAAGGUUGACUGUACCGCAAAUUCCAAUGUGUGUAACAAGUUUGGGGUGAGUGGAUACCCCACACUGAAGAUCUUCAGAGGUGGAGAGGAAUCUGGUGCAUAUGAUGGGCCUCGCACAGCAGAUGGGAUUGUGAGUCACUUGAAAAAGCAGGCUGGCCCAGCUUCAGUGGAGAUCAAGACUGUAGAGGAGUUUGAAAAGUUCAUUGGAGACCGUGAUGCUAGCGUUAUAGGUUUCUUUGCUGAGGGUGGCAGCACAACUCAGGCCGAGUUCCUGAAGUCCGCUAGCGCCCUGCGAGAGUCCUAUCGCUUUGCACACACUAAUUCUGAGGAACUGCUUCAGAAACAUGGCAUUGAUGGAGAGGGAAUUGUUCUCUUCCGGCCACCACGCCUGAGCAACAAGUUUGAGGAGAGCAGCGUGAAAUACAGCGAAGACAAAUACACCAGUGGGAAAAUCAAGAAGUUCAUUCAGGAUAAUAUUUUGGGAAUCUGCCCGCACAUGACUGAGGAUAAUAAGGACCAGCUGAAGGGCAAGGACCUCCUGGUGGCUUACUUUGAGGUGGAUUAUGAGAAGAACCCCAAGGGCACCAACUACUGGAGGAACAGAGUGAUGAAAGUGGCCAAAAGUUUCCUGGAUCAAGGAAAGAAGCUGAGCUUUGCUGUAGCCAACAAGAAUUCCUUCAGCCAUGAAAUCUCCGAGUUCGGACUGGACAGCAGCAGUGGCGAGUUGCCGGUUGUUGGCAUUCGAACUGCCAAGGGGGAUAAAUACGUUAUGCAGGAGGAAUUCUCACGUGAUGGCAAAGCACUGGAGCGAUUCCUGCAGGAUUACUUUGAUGGCAAACUGAAACGUUACCUCAAGUCUGAGCCAGUGCCCGAGAGCAAUGAUGGUCCAGUCAAGGUGUUGGUAGCUGAGAACUUUGAGGAAAUUGUGAAUGAUGACAGUAAGGAUGUUCUGAUUGAGUUUUAUGCUCCUUGGUGUGGACACUGCAAGAGUCUGGAACCCAAAUACAAGGAGCUGGGUGAGAAGCUGAGCGAUGACCCCAACAUUGUAAUAGCCAAGAUGGACGCCACUGCUAAUGAUGUGCCCUCUCCAUAUGAAGUCAGGGGAUUCCCAACCAUUUACUUCUCUCCUGCUGGGAAAAAGCAGAGCCCAAAGAAAUAUGAGGGAGGCCGUGAGGUCAGCGACUUCAUUAGCUACCUGAAGAAAGAGGCAUCCAAUCCCCUAGUUAUCCAAGAGGAAGAGAAGAAAUCAAAGAAGAAGAAAAGCGAAUUGUAAACCAUGACAAGGUUUUCGUGCAAGGAAAUGUAAUGGGGAAUUGUUUUUAAAAUUCAAUAUUUAGAGUAUCAAAGAACGACCUGAUCCAAGUGAUGAUGUACCUUUCUGGGACAAGCUGCUCUGGGAACACGGAGGAAGGUCGUCUGAGAGAAUGUCUCUCCUGAAUGGCUCAAAGUGGAUACAAUUCUCUGCUCCCCACUUUCUUGAUCUCGUUCCUUUGCUAGAUGCACUUACCGUUUGAGACCCAUUCCAAACACAGCUGGCAGUUUUUUUUUGUUGGGGAGGGGAAAAAAUAGUUCUGGGGAUUUUUUUUAAAUUUUAUUUUGUACCACUUUUUUUGUACAUCUGGAAGAACUUAAAAUAAAGUCCCAUAAAACAAA